AUGGGGUGGCUGAGACACAAACCCCCUCACAGCGGGUGUCACUCUCCUGUUCUCGGGGCUCUGAUUGACGACCUGGAGAUCUCCAUGAUCCCGGCCCUGGUGCUGCUGCCUCUGCUGCUCCGGGCCGCAGCGCUGCACCACCUGCUGGGCAUCAUCAUCCUGACAGCUCUGCCCAGCCUGGUCCUCUGGUUCUACUACGCCACGCACCGCCAUCUGCAGCUGUGCACUGUGACUGCUGGGAUGAUCCUCACCAUCGGAUCUCUCAUUCACACCAAGAGAGGCCCAGGGUUUCACACCACCUCCUAUCACAGCCAGAGUGAGGAGGUUAACAAGGACUCUACACAUCUUAAUGGAUCCAUCCAAUCAGCGGCCUCCUCCUCCUCUCCUCCUGCCCUGACAGAAAAGUGGAGCAGAUGCUCUGUGUGCAAAACAAUGCGACCCCCGCGGGCCGGACACUGUCGAACCUGUGGAUCCUGCGUCAAGCGUCUGGACCACCACUGUGUCUGGAUAAACAGCUGUGUCGGACAGGCAAACCACUGCAGUUUCCUGCUGACCCUCUUGGUGUUCGUGCUGACCUCUCUGUAUGGGAUCAGUUUGGUGCUUUGCAGCAUCUGUCCUCGGCAGUAUGUCAUGACGGCUCCCUUCUACUGCCCCGGUGUCUACAGCCAGUCCAGGUACAGCACUCUAUACAUCAUAAAUACAUGUUUAUGUGUCAUAUCUUCUGUCUCAUCCCAACAACUACGUCAGAAGUCCACAUUGAAAAAGUUCACCAAAUUAAUAUAAACACAAAAAUUUACUUUACUUGUUGCUAUUAGAUAAUAGGUAUGAUAUGAUGAUAUUAGUAGAAUUUGUAAGGACAUAUAUUCUACUGCCUCAUCUUUGAUGUAUUAGAGUCAUCAGUAUUUGAUUGUG